GCGCCCCCAUCUCAAGCCCUAAACACACUGUCCCGAAUCAAAACAACAAAACACAACAGAUACAAAGAGCUAUGGUGGCAGGUGGAAGGAUACCAAGGACUAUUCUGAGCAAUCUCUUGUCACGAGCAACUACAGGGUCUCUAUCAUCAUCAACAUCAUCAUCGUCUUCGUUUGGACCUCCUUCUAUCCUCAUUUCACGAAGGGGCAUAGCUUCCAAGCUUUAUGUCGCAGGACUCUCAUUUUAUACCACAGAAAAAGCAUUAUCAGAUGUGUUUUCUCAAUUUGGCCAAGUUGUUGAAGCCACUGUUAUGAUGGAUAAAGUCUCCAGCAGAUCAAAAGGCUUUGGAUUUGUUACUUUUGCAUCUGAACUUGAAGCUGAAAAAGCCAUUAAUGAAAUGGAUCAAAAGCCACUACACGGGCGUGUGAUACAUGUUGAGCUGGCAAAACCACGAAGGCCGUAUAGUAGUGCCCCGAUAGCUAGAGGACCCCCCGAACCACCUACAGACGUGCAAUAAGCACUUGUACAUUUGACUUUCAUCUGAGAGUCAAAUGUACAAGUAAUCACAAUAGGCACACCAAUGCAAGUAGUAGUUACAACUUACAAAAUAUUAAUUUGUUAUUUGGGAUAAUUAUGUGUCAAGUUUGAGGCUUUUCUACAUAGUCUUUGUUUUGACUUUUAUCUUAAUAUUAAAAUUUUAGGAGUAAUUAUUGUUU